AUGGGAAGUAUCUCUGACCAAAGUGUCUAUCUCCUUAGUCGGGAUGGUGCUGAAACUGAACGCCUCAACAACCAACACCGAUUCCUAGUGGAAAUCUCGGGAAAUAUUCUACACCCAUCAAUUCCCGCAAAAAAUAUAACUGCAGUCGCCGAUCUGGGCACGGGAACAGGAAUAUGGCUUGAAGAUAUCGCAAACUGCCUCCCUAAUAAAUCGGUCUACCUCCACGGGUUCGAUAUCUCUCCUGCGCAAUACCCAUCCGGUAGCGAGAUCCACCGACCAGGAAGGAAUCCGAUUCCGUUGAGUGUACAUGAUGCACUACACCCAUUUCCGGUUGAGCACCAUGCUCGGUAUGACCUUGUUCAUAUCCGGCUUUUGACGGCUGGGUUGAAGUAUGCGGAUUAUGCUACUGUUCUUGCGAAUGCAAGAGAUCUACUGAAACCAAACGGCUACCUCCAAUGGGAAGAAGUCGACCACACAGCAUUCUGCACAGACAGCAUCCCCGAAAACCCAGCAAUUACCAAACUCCGCCAAUCAGUAAUCGAAGCCAUGCUCAAACUAGGCCUGUGGCCCUUCGCCCCCCAGCAUGUACACCACCAACUCGCUGCAGGCGGGUUCCGCGAUAUACGGCGUGCUACGUAUACGACUAUAGACAGGGAGGGGAUGCGGGCUAUUUCGCAGAAAUGGGUUGCUGGUGUUAUGCGUGCGCUUGUUCCGGCUUCUAUGGUUGUUACUGGUGAGGCGAGGGAUGAGAGGCAGGCCAAGGAGGUUGUUGAGCGGAAUUAA